AUGAGGUUAACCAUUGGAAGACCAUCAUCUGAAGUUGAAGAGAUCAGUAAUUUUGCAAAAUGGUUGUUGGACGUUGGUGAGGGAAAUGUUGGUGGUUCCAAUGAUGGAGAAGCAAUAAUUGAAAUACCACCUGAGCUUUUAAUUGACAGCAUAUCUGAUCCAAUUUCUAGCCUGAUUGAUUUUGUCUAUCCGUCAAUCUUGGAGAACUACAAUGAUCGUAAUUACUUUAGUACCAGAGCUAUACUUGCGCCUAAGAAUGAGGUUGUUCACGAGAUUAACGACAGAUUGUUGGCACUUUUCCCAGGUGAAGAAAAAGAGUAUCUUAGUUCUGACAGUCUAUGCCCUACUGAAGAUGGCAAUGCUGAUCAGUUAGUGCUUAAAGUUGGUGUUCCAGUAAUGUUGUUGCGAAGUAUUGACCAACGAAAUGGUUUGUGUAACGGUACAAGGCUAAAGGUAACAAAACUUUACAGCCGUGUUAUUGAAGCUGAGAUAAUUUCAGGUGGAAAUAUUGGUUCUCGAACAUUCAUACCUAGAAUGAAUUUGGUACCUUCGGACAGAAAGAUUCCUUUUGCAUUUCAAAGGAGGCAAUUUCCAAUAACGGUAUGUUUUGCGAUGACGAUUAACAAAAGCCAGGGCCAGUCGCUAUCUAAGGUUGGUUUGUACUUAAGACAACCAGUUUUCACACAUGGUCAAUUGUACGUAGCUUUAUCCAGGGUUACAAGACGAGAUGGAAUCAAGUUACUAAUACUUGACAAUGAAGGCAGGCCUACAAAUAAAACAAUGAAUGUUGUAUAUAAAGAGAUAUUCAAUGGCUUGUGA